GCCAGGCGUGGUCUGGGUUCGACGCACGCCUGGGUUCGACGCACGCCUGGGUUCCACCGAAACCGAACCCAGGCAUGCUGGGUUCGCUACUGGGCUCGGUGGAACCCAGGCAUGCUGGGUUCCACUGAACCCAGCGCCUGGGUUCGAUGCCCAGCAUGCCUGGGUUCCACCGAACCCAGCAUGCCUGGGUUCGAUGAAACCCAGGCGCUGGCCGUUGGGUUUUUGCAGGUGGAUGAAGAAGGCAUAGGUGCUGGGUUCGAAAACGAACCCAGCAAGCAAUCGAACCUAGCAUUGAACCCAGCAGCCGCUGGGUUUCUGCAGGUGCUGGGUUCGAUUUCGAACCCAGCAGGCACUGUGUUCAAGCUGGGCUCCUGUAGGUGCUGGGUUCGAAGUAGUAGUUGGGUCGAUGGAUCUGUUGAGUUCGAUCUAUUUAUGGAUUUGUUAUCUAUUGUGUUAUCCUCAUAUUCUUACAGGUGUGCUGGAUUCGAUUUCAAACCUAGCAAGCGUUAGGUUUUCUUUCCAACCCAACUGCAGUUGGAUUGAAGGAUCUAUUGAUUUCUAUUUGUUGGUUUGUUGUGUUAUUCUCGGAUUUAAUAUUAGGAA